UGAGGUUUUCUCAUACGGUAUCUUUUAAAGUGUUUGGGAAUCGCGAGACAGAAAGUAAAACGAUCAUGUCCUCCUGACGGGAGCCCUUUUCUUCUGCAGCGAGAACAAAAACAGGCAGGAUGGCUUUACCAAAAGCAAUAGGAUACGGGAUUAUUCUUCUGGCCAUAUUCUACAGUCUGGAGCACCAAGGAUACAGAGAGUCUCUGAAUACAUUCUUCAAGGAACUGCUGGGGACAAAAGCAUCACACAGUUAUGCCAGAGAAAAGAGAGUGUCCACCAUAAACACCAGAGAGGUCAUAGUCCAAGCUGUGGUGGACGCCUCUGACCUGGACCUGAUCAGAUUACUGUUGUCUAGUAAUCCUGUCUUUUCAGUCCUCGAUGGCAGUGUUAUAAUUUCCAGUGCUGAAGCCACUUCCGUGUGUUCUUCAAAUAUGACCGAAUAUGAGUGCAGAUGUGAGGACAGCCUGGCUUGGUCGUAUAACAACUGCAUCACCUACGGAGCCUGUGAUGAAAUUGUUGGCGACACUUGCAACUGCAUCAACGCUCUUCCAGAAGACGGCCAGCACUGUCAGCCAGUCACAACACCAUCACCUCCAUCCCCAAAUGUGACAACACCAUCACCUCCAUCUCCAAAUGUGACAACACCAGCACCUCCAUCGCCAAACGUGGUCAUUGAUUUGGUCGUCGACGUGAGAAUCCCAGUCUCCGUCCUUGAAGGAUACGGCGUCUCUUUUAUCAGGACCUAUCUGAAUAGUUUUCCGGGCCCUUACAUCAUCAAUAAUUUCACACAAAUCAUUGACUUGAAUUUAACCACAGUGUGCUAUCCAGGCUUAAAUGGAGGUCUGCAGUGUCAGUGUGAGGAGCAGUUCGCUUGGUCAUGUGAAACGUGUAUCGACCACACCGUGUGCAGUAACACCACCUUCACGAACGACUCCUGUGGAUGCAUCAAUGCGCUCCCUCCCGGAGGAGAGCUGUGUGAACCAAUCACAAGUGUGGCUCCGUGUUCACGCUCAACUAAUGUGACAACACCAGCACCAAAUGUGACAACACCAGCACCUCCGUCGCCAAACGUGGUCAUUGAUUUGGUCGUCGACGUGAGAAUCCCAGUCUCCCUCCUUGAAGGAUACGGCGUCUCUUUUAUCAGGAACUAUCUGAAUAGUUUUCUGGGCCCUUUCAUCAUCAAUGAUUUCACACAAAUCAUUGACUUGAAUUUAACCACAGUGUGCUAUCCAGGCUUAAAUGGAGGUCUGCAGUGUCAGUGUGAGGAGCAGUUCGCUUGGUCAUGUGACACGUGUAUCGACCACACCGUGUGCAGUAACACCACCUUCACCAACGACUCCUGUGGAUGCAUCAAUGCGCUCCCUCCCAGAGGAGAGCUGUGUGAACCAAUCACAAGUGUGGCUCCGUGUUCACGCUCAACUAAUGUGACAACACCAUCACCUCCAUCUCCAAAUGUGACAACACCAGCACCUCUGUCGCCAAACGUGGUCAUUGAUUUGGUCGUCGACGUGAGAAUCCCAGUCUCCGUCCUUGAAGGAUACGGCGUCUCUUUUAUCAGGAACUAUCUGAAUAGUUUUCUGGGCCCUUUCAUCAUCAAUGAUUUCACACAAAUCAUUGACUUGAAUUUAACCACAGUGUGCUAUCCAGGCUUAAAUGGAGGUCUGCAGUGUUACUGUGAGGAGCAGUUUGCUUGGUCAUGUGACACGUGUAUCGACCACACUGUGUGCAGUAACACCACCUUCACCAACGACUCCUGUGGAUGCAUCAAUGCGCUCCCUCCCGGAGGAGAGCUGUGUGAACCAAUCACAAGUAUCGCUCCAUGUCCACCCCCAACUAAUGUGACAACACCAGCACCUCCGACACCAAAUGUGACAACACCAGCACCUCCAGCACCAAACGUGGUCACUGAUUUGGUCGUUGACGUGAGAAUCCCAGUCUCCGUCCUUGAAGGAGACGACGUCUUUUUUAUCUUGACCUAUCUGAAUAGUUUUCCGGGCUCUUUCAUCAUCAAUAAUUUCACACAAAUCAUUGACUCAAAUUUAACCACAGUGUGCUAUCCAGGCUUAAAUGGAGGUCUGCAGUGUUACUGUGAGGAGCAGUUUGCUUGGUCAUGUGACACGUGUAUCAAGCACACCGUGUGCAGUAACACCACCUUCACGAACGACUCCUGUGGAUGCGUCAAUGCGCUUCCUCCCGGAGGAGAGCUGUGUGAGCCAAUCACAAGUAUUGGGUCAUGUCCAAUCUCAACACCUCCAACACCAACAACAACAACAACACCAAUGACGACAACGACAACACCAAUGACGACAACGACAACACCACCACCAACACCAUCGAUAGAGACGACACCCCCGCCACCACCAACGCCAACGCCUGUUGUAGAGACGUUUCGACUCAUCAUGAACAUCGAGUAUAGCAAUGAAUACAACAACCCAGACAAUGAAGUUCAUCAAAAUGUUAAUAACAUUAUUCAAGCCAAGUGUAAGGAGACCAUUGAAACCUUCAUAUCAGCCACCAUUACAAGUUUCAAGAAAGGAAGCACCAUCGUUGAAUAUACUGUAAGAGCAAGUUCCUUUGGAAAGGGUGAACUUCAAGCACUAAAAAGUGGGAUAUUUACAGAGCUGGCAAAAACGUAUUCCAUGAUUUAUCAGAGUUCAACAUUCAUUCCAUUUCAAUCACCCUUUUUGGGAGAAAAAGUGAUUUUGACCUGUGGCACCAUACCAUUGGUUGUUGGAUUCACUGACAGCUGGACCAUAGAGUGGAAAGUUAAUGACAAGAUGAUACUGGCAGACAGUCUACACAAAAUUGCAAAAAACAGGAAUAGUUCAACUUUAACGAUUGAGAGGUUUUUCACCACUGAUCAGGGAGAAUAUACAUGUCUGCUGAAAGAAGGAAACGUUUUCAGACAGACAUCCAACGGAGUGCUCUCUGUCAAGGUGACGCCCUUGGUUCAAGUAGCUCCAAUGAAACAAAAGGUGAAGUGUGAGGAUGGGAAUAGUGUGGUACUGACAUGCACUGUCAACAGCCCCUACAAGGUUAAGCUUCUCCCUGUAGUGUUAGAACCAGCCAAUUCAAUCAGUCAUACCUACGUUGCUGAUUCGACAAAAUGCUCACCCACACCGGUUGUGUUUACUUGCCAAGAGGAGACCUCACCAAAUUUAUUUAAAAAAAAAGUAUCACUGGAGUUAGUCAGAGGAAGCUUCUUAUGUGACGAUCCACGUUUUGGUGUUGGAAAUCUCGAUGACACAGUGGAAUUUUCCUGUGAACCAGACGAGGUGGGACAGAGGAUAGCGGCGUGUCUGGCAAAUGGAAGCUGGGCAACUGUAGAAAUAAACUGCAUCCUCAAACCAAUUAAAGAGCUGCUUGACCAGUCUCAGUUCCUAACCAACAACUCACUGCCUGAAUUCUUGCAAGAACUCAGCAACGUCACUAUCGCAUUGAGCGCUAAAGUGGUUGUAUCUCCUACCAACAUUAAUGCCAUCGUUGAAAUUCUCACCAAUGUUGCAAACACCGUAACAUCUUCAAAUAUUGAAAUAAAUAGAGACUUAAUGACGGAUGUGCUCAAAACCGCAGGUGUCCUCACCUUAGAUGAAGCAACAAAUUCUUGGGAGACGCUCAACAACAAAUCUGCAAGUAACAGCUCAGUAAUAACAAGUAACUUCACCGACGAAAGUCCCAGCUCCUCAUUUCUGCUGUCUAUUGAGAAUAUAACAAGUAGCCUCGACAAAAGUUCUUUCAACAUAGAGACGACGUCCAUUAUCUUGACGAAAACAACAUUCACAGACUCUUUCACUGCUGACUUUAAUUCUUCCGUGGGGAUUGAUAUACCUGAGUCUGAUGGAGUGAAUAAGUCAAUUACUGUCAUCACGUUUUUCUCAAUGGAAAACGUGCUUCCUGCAAGAGCCGUGGACAACUCGACCUCCAAUGUCGUCAACGGGAAAGUUGUACUGGUUCAAUCCACUGGCAACAUUACUAAUAUUACCAUUGAAUUUAAUAUUAUUAAUGACAGUCUAAAGACUCCUCAGUGUGUUUUCUGGAACUUUGACCUCUUCGAUGGUCUCGGUGGAUGGGACGAUGAGGGCUGCGAGGUGAGCCUCGUCAACGAAACGGUCACAUGUAAUUGUAACCAUCUCACCUCAUUCUCCAUCCUCAUGUCCCCCUUUGGCCUAGACCUCCCUAUUUUGGAUUAUAUAACCUACAUUGGAGUUGGCAUAUCCAUGCUUUCCUUGGUUAUAUGCCUCAUCAUUGAAGCCAUCAUAUGGAGAAAAGUCUGUCGCAACACCACCGCAUUCCUGCGCCAUGUGUCCAUUGUUAACAUCGCUGUGUCUCUCCUGAUUGCAGACAUUUGGUUCAUUAUUGGGGCAGCCAUCUCAGAUGCGGAGGUGAAAAACCCGCCGGCUUGCACUGCAGCCACCUUUUUCAUCCAUUUUUUCUACCUAGCCCUGUUUUUCUGGAUGCUUGCCUCAGCACUGCUGUUACUCUACCGCACUAUCAGUGUCUUUGGUGGGGAUUUGUCCAAAAAUGCCUUGUUAGCCAUUGGAUUUUGUCUAGGCUAUGGUGCACCGCUCAUCAUUGCAGUCAUAACCAUAGCUGUAACUGCACCUGUGGAGGAGUACAUCCGAGAAAAUGAGGCCUGCUGGCUCAACUGGCACAAGUCCAAAGCUCUACUGGCAUUUGUGAUCCCUGCACUGCUGAUUGUGGUGAUAAACCUGUGCAUCCUGAUUAUUGUGUUGUACAAAAUGUUGAGGAGAAGAGGAGUGGUGGAUUCUGCACAGCCAGCAGAGAAGAACGCUCUAUCGGUCAUUGCAAGGACGUUGGCUUUCCUUACACCAUUCUUUGGAUUAACUUGGGGUCUGGGAGUUGGAACAAUGAUUGACCCAUUUAAUAUUGGAAUCCAUAUUGCAUUUGCAUUCUUUAAUUCACUACAGGGUUUCUUCAUACUGGUGUUCGGAACGCUGUUGGACAAAAAGGUGUGGUCAGAAAUAGGAAAAAUGACAUCAUCCAUUGGGACAAGGAGCACCAGUGGUGGAAAUUCAUCAAGUGGACUGGGUUUUUUCCGAAACUGGAGAAGAAGAGAUGGUUACAAUAUCUCGUCUCAUGACUCCGGUGUAUCUAACUCCUACAUCAACACUUGACCAAAUCAGCCGGGUUGCACACAUCUUCUUCUUUACUGCAGUGACACCAAGAGAGCAGAAUGUUAUUUCAGUCAUGAUGUAAUUGUUUUGUUGUGAGCACUGUAGUACAAUGUGAAUUUUUUUUUUUUUAUUUAGUAUUAUAUUAUGUUUCUUGGAUGUAUUGUAUUGUGUUUUAUUGUACAAUUAAAAAACGUCAUUGGCCAGUAAACCACUGUAUUCUUUGAGGGAAAAGAUAUUAACAGCUGUGGUUAAAUCUCUUAAGGGAUAUCUAUUUUGUUCUGUUAUGGACAAGCCCAUAAAAGGGAGGUUAACUUUAAAGCCCUGGACAGAUAGCCCCAUCAUUUGGCCUUCAGGUGGCCAAUGACUGGUCAUAGAACAUCGUCAGGAUGCGUAUGUGACACCACUGGACGCAACCUGCUGGGAAGGAAAGUGAACUCUCACGCAAGUGUAGAGGGUAUAUUGUAUGUAUUAGUUGCUCAUUGACAAUAGUUGAUGCAGUGGGUACAAUUGCUGCAGUUCUUUUCCCUGACGUGUCCGUCUUAGGUAGCGUCACAGUUGGUCUUUGUUCUUUGCCAUUGGGACAGGUGGUUGGUCAAAGGCAGCCCUAGUUGAAAGUUAGCCAUAAGAGGUCUUCAAAUACACAUUUUUAAUUUUCUAUUUUGAGUUCAAUACUCCAAACGACUGCAAAACGUUGAUGAUUGAUCUUUAAAAAGUAAUGAAAUAGACACUUGAAUGUGUGUUGAUCAGAAACCACCCCACACAACUGCAUUUGCUAGGUCAGAACAGGGUUUAGGUUAGAUUAGGUUGUGUGUAUGUUCGAGAGAGAGAGAGAGAGUAAUUGUAUUCAGUGCAUAACAACAAUGAAAUGUCUACAAAGCAGAUGCAAAAUGGCUCAUUUUGGUUUGCCAAUCAAAUCAGUUACAUAGGGCAAGGUUGUCCUACACGGAUGAGUUGCUGGCAAAUUGUCUCGCACAGGACUAUCAGGCAAAGGGAGUAGCAUAAAUUAGUCAGAGAAAACAAAGGUUAGGAUUUAGGAUUUAGAAUUCAAGUUUUGAUCUUAAAGGAUAUUUUAAAUGCAUGAUGUCAAAAAGUGUGCGUGCCAAAAAAGACAUUCCCACACUAACUAACUACUACACACUCAAAAGAGAAUGUAUUUUGUGUAUGAACGUGUAUCAACUGUGGGGAAUGUGCGCGCAUGCAGAGAAUGUGAAGCGGAAGCGUCAAUUUUGACCUGGCCCCAUUUGCAGGCACUAAAUCAUCCAACAUUUGCAACAGUGGUCUUUUCUAAAAACACAUGGUGCCAGGGGUGUGACACUUGGUCUCUAAUUAGAGAGAGAUUAUCUUUUCACACCCUAACACUAGUUGCCAAUUUUAACCUGAAAUACUUGUGAACGUCAUCGCUAAUGGCGAUAUCGUCACAAAUAAAUAAACAAAAUAUGGGAGAAAAUACAAAACAAAUGCAGUUUAUGUGUGUGUGUACAAUGAAUUCUGUGUGUAUUUUGUGCAGUAGUCCCGUAGCACAAACCUGAACACAGUGGAUGGUAUUUAAGUGAUUAAUAAAUGAUACAAGUGUAUUUUUUUAUUUUUUUUAUAUAUAGGUUGUGAUCGGAAAAACAAAGCAGCACAGUUUAAGUAGCACACAAGCUGUAUUCAGAGUCACUGCACUUAUGUGUAAAGAACCACUAUGACUUUCACAUUUGUAUUCUAUAUAUACUAUUAUACUGCUUCACUUGAUCUGUAUUGACCUGAAUUCUUGUUGCACAUGUGUGGAAAUUGUUCAGCGCUAAAAAAAAAAGAAGCUUUACUUUCUCUCUGUUUGAUGUAAUAUCCUGAUUUUUUUUUUUGUAUAAUUUAAAUGUUACGAUUUUCAAACAUGAUUCUGAGAAUAAUGUAAGAUAUAUUGUGUCACUUCUAUAAAUAAUGCCUGUCAUGUGUUAU